UCAUAAAAAUGAUUUUUAAAAAGGACUUCCCAUCCAGAAGACAAGUUUAUGAAUUUCAACUUUGGCGGAAAGAACGAGUGAAAGAGAUGAGAAAUGAUAUCUGGAGCUGAAAACCUAAAUUGAGAACUCAAGCAUUGGAUUCAUAUUGAGCAAAGCAAUUUUCUGGGAAAAUCUGAAAAUGGGAGAUCUUUAUGCAUUAGACUUUGAUGGGGUUAUAUGUGAUAGCUGUGGAGAGAGCUCUCUAUCUGCUGUGAAGGCAGCUAAGGUAAGAUGGCCCGGCCUAUUUGAUGGUGUUGAUUCAGCUGUGGAGGAAUGGAUUGUGGAUCAGAUGCACAUUGUUCGACCAGUCGUGGAAACAGGAUACGAAAAUUUACUGCUUGUGAGGCUGCUGUUGGAAUCCCAGGUCCCCACAGUUAGAAAGUCCUCGGUUUCAGUAGGACUCACAAGUGAAAGAAUACUGGAGGACUGGUCCAACUUGAAGCCCAUCAUUAUGAAGGAGUGGGAUGAGAACAGAGAUGAUUUAGUAGAGCUUUUUGGGAAGGUUAGGGAUGAAUGGAUAGACAGUGACUUGUCAAGCUGGAUUGGUGCAAAUAGAUUGUAUCCAGGUGUAUCAGAGGCUCUGAAAUUUUCAAGUUCAAGGGUAUACAUUGUGACAACUAAACAGGGUCGUUUUGCUGAGGUGUUACUGAAAGAGCUUGCUGGGGUGAACAUUCCUUCUGACAGAAUCUAUGGUCUUGGAACUGGUCCCAAGGUGGAAGUGCUAAAGCAGCUCCAAAGGAUGCCAGAACACCAGGGUCUAAAGCUCCACUUUGUGGAAGAUCGAAUUGCGACUUUGAAAAAUGUUAUUAAAGAGCCAGAGUUGGAUGCAUGGAAUUUGUAUUUGGUGGACUGGGGUUACAACACUGAGAGUGAGAGAGGGGAAGGAGCAAGCAUUCCCAGAAUUCAACUGCUACAGAUCUCAGACUUUACGAAAAAGCUAAAAUGAUUACAACCUUCAUGUGCUAAAAUGGAUAUUGUUUUAUAUACAGAAAGCAGCAUUUGGUUAUAAUAUAAUCAUAUUGUAAUAAUUCAUGUCUUUGACUAUUGAAAUUUAAUCAUAAUGUUUGUUGCUAGUAAAAGAGUUGAGUACCAAA